AUGGCUAGCCAGCAAGCAUCGCAGCUCCCCCCCUCGUCGCAUAGACUGCCCACUGUCUCGGCAUCCCAAGCCCUUCAGAGCCUCCAUGCCCGCGGAGCUCGCACUGUGUCGACGGGCGUGCCUCAGCUCGACAAGGUCCUCGCCCCACCGAGCCUACCGGGCCAUCAUGUCUCGGGCGGAUACAUGCGUGGGAAGGUGACUGAGGUCUUCGGCCCGUCAGGAGUCGGCAAGACAGCAUUUGGGAUACAGGCCGCAGUCUCUGCCCUGCGCGAGCGCCAGCGAGUAGUGUGGCUCGAUGCUGCUGGUGCGCCUCUGGUCAAGCAGCGCGUCGAGGACAUGCUCACUUCACGCCCCGAUGCGUCCGACGUCUCCCCAGAGGAACUGCGUAGCCACUUCCACUACAUUCCUGUGCCAACGCUUGCACAUCUCCUGGCCCUCUUCGUGCAUGCCCCCGCUGCCUUUCCCCCGCAAAAUACUAGCCUGGUUGUCAUCGACUCUCUCGCGACCCUCGUCGACAACGCCUACCCCCGCAACGUUGACGACCGCAUGCCCAGGAAUAAAACAGAUCAGGCGCGGUGGGCUGCAGGACGCCGAUACACUGUCAUAAAUCAACUGAUAGCCACCUUCACUAAGUUUGCUGCGCUGCACGACAGUGCACUCCUAAUCACAAGCCAGACCAUCACACGCAUCCGUGGUGGUUCGCGCGCAUUGUUGGUACCCGCAAUAUCAGGUGUUGAAUGGGAGAAUGGUAUUUCCACUCGUCUGGUCCUUUUUAGAGAUUGGCUCCGGCACGGGAAAGCCAGAAACAAGGCAGACGCCGACAGGUUGCAGAAAGCCCGGUUUGCUGGCCUAGUCAAGGCGAAUGGCGUAGCUCUGGCAGAAGAAGGGGGUGUGGGCAACGUGGUACCCUUCACCAUCGACCAUGUUGGUCUUUGCGACAUGAACGUAGCAGCCGACGAUAUCACAACCCCUAUCUAUGGCCAACAAGAAGACCGACCGCCCAAAAGACCUUUCGCCGAGAUCGAUGAGCAUGCCGAUGCAGAGCCAAAUUCCGACGAGCUCUAUGGCUGGAUCGAAGACGAUGAAGUCGCCACUGAGGGGUUGAUGAUGGAUGAAGCGCCUGUUGACGAGGACAACGCUGCAGGACAACGCCUAGAUGUCGUUGCAGAGGGCCACAAGAAGAAAGUAAUACGGACAUCUACAGUUUGA